AUGGGAGGGAUAGAAGACGUACCACGGCAGGCUGGGUUUCUCCUCCCUGAGGAAGGUAAAAGCCCCAAGAAGGGGCAGUUACUCUGCAUGUUAUGACCUGUAAGUUCUGUUAGGGAUCUAUGGGGCAGAGGAUCCAGAGAGCAAGGUGGGAGCUGAUCCAGCAGCUGGAAGAGAGUCCAUGCCAGGAUUUCCACCGGGCUGUGGGGGUGCACAGGGAAGAUAACUGCAGCUUUAAACCUGGGUUUAAAGGGACACUAUAGUCACCUAAACAACAUUAGCUUAAUGGAGCAGUUUUAGUGUAUAGAUCAUGCUUCUCAGGUCUCACUGCUCAAUUCACUGCCAUUUAGGAGUUAAAUCACUUUGUUUCUGUUUAUGCAGCCCUUGCCACACCUCCCCUGGCUCUGAUUGACACAAGCUGCAUAAAAAGAAAAAAAAACUGGUUUCACUUUCAAACAGAUGUAAUUUACCUUAAAUAAUUGUAUCUCAAUCCCUAAAUUGAACUUUAAUCACACACAGGAGGCUCUUGCAGGGUUUAGCAAGCUAUUAACAUAGCAGGGGAUAAGGAAAUCUAAAUGAAACAGAACUUGCAAUAAAGGAAGGAUAAACUUUAGAUGACUCUUUACAGGAAGUGUUUAUCAAUGCGUGCAAGUCACAUGCAGGGAGGUGUGACUAGGGUUCAUAAACAAAGUGAUUUAACUCCUAAAUGGCAGAGAAUUGAGUAGUGAGGCUGCAGGGGCAUUAUCUACAUACUAACCCCUGCUUCAUUAAGCUAGAGUUGUUCUGGUGACUAUAGUGUCCCUUUAAUUAACAGGCAGUGUUUAAAGGGCCAGACUGACACAGUUCUUCACUCCAAUUCUCUGGCCUGGGGAAAGCAGGACGGCUACUAGUAAACAUUAUCCCAUGACAUUUAAAGGACCACUCUAGGCACCCAGACCACUUCAGCUUAAUGAAGUGGUCUGGGUGCCAGGUCCUUCUAGGGUUAACCCAUUUUUUCAUAAUUAUAGCAGUUUCAGAGAAACUGCUAUAAUUAUGAAUGGGUUAAGCCUUCCCCCUAAUCCUCUAGUGGCUGUCUCAUUGGCAGCCACUAGAGGCGCUUGCGUGCUUCUCACUGUGAAAAUCACAGUGAGAGCACGCCAGCGUCCAUAGGAAAGCAUUGUAAAUGCUUUCCUAUGAGACCGGCUGAAUGCGCGCGCAGCUCUUGCCGCGCGUGCGCAUUCAGCCAGCGGGGCGUAACGGAGGCGGAGAGGAGGAGGAGAGCUCUCCGCCCAGCGCUGGAAAAAGGUAAGUUUUUACCCCUUUCCCCCUUCCAGAGCCGGGCGGGAGGGGGUCCCUGAGGGUGGGGGCACCCUUAGGGCACUAUAGUGCCAGGAAAACGAGUAUGUUUUCCUGGCACUAUAGUGGUCCUUUAAUGCAGGAAAUAAAAUAGGAUUUAUUCCUGUUAAUUAUAUUUCAAAUGGAAAAGAGAGUGAUAUGAUGUGAUGUGAUAUUUCUGCAGUCAUUACCAACUUGUCAUGAACUAUAUGUAAUUAUAUAAUUUAUGUUUAAUUCACUUUAAUAAUUUAUGUUCAAUUCACUUUAAUUCACUGUUAAUGGUAUAAACCCCAGAAUGAGGCACUGCACUGCACUGCAUUUUAAUAUUAUGCAUUUAAGUCUCAGUCAUGCUGUUAUACUCAGCAAAGUACAAAAACAAAACAAAGAUUUAAUAUUAGUGACACUAUCCCUUUAAGACAAACUCAGGCAGUGAAUUUACAUGUUGCUCCAAAAAUAAGUUAUAUGGCAAAACGAAAAACAAGAAAUGCACACUGCCCUCAUUUUAUUGCAUUAUUAUUAGUUAUUGCAUUUGUGAAAAUUAAAGAAACCCUCCGAGCAUUAUAUCUACUUCAGCUCACUGUUGUAGUUAUGGUAUCAGGAAUGUCCUGGUGCCCCUCACAUUGUAAGUGUUAAACCAUUUUUUUUUAACAACUUGUCUUCUAACCGCAGGUCUGCUGCUCCCUGCCUCCACUACUAAUGCCAGAGAGCUGAGAGCAACCAGCAGACACUCUAAAAAAAUUAUAAUUUGUGAACUCGAAAAGUGUCAGAGCUGCUUUAAAAUGAGGUGAAAGGUUGAAUCCAUCUUUAAAAGGUGCAUUUCAUACCCAGUAAUGGGAGAGUGACGCAUUAUUCACCAUAAAUAACUACACGGAAUAACUGCAAAUAAUUACAAAAUCACUAUAACCCGUGAUUCCGGUUCUACUAACCGUUCAGUACAUUCAUAACUUACCGGACAUGAUCUCCUGCCCAGAGGAAGGUGCUAAAUAUAAUAAACAAAACACGUUGAAUAUGUUUUAGGUUUUUCAACUCAAGUUAUUUAUUUUUUCUAUUUUAUUUGUUUUUAGAAUUUAUUGUCUUAUUGUGUAAAUUGUCUGUUUUAGAGAUUGGGAGAAAUCUAUCCGGGUACAUGAAGUUUGAUACAAAGAGGGUCCUGACAGUUUGUUAUAAUUGUUGGGUUAACAAUAUAUACAGUGUAUUAGGGUAAUAGGUAACAAAUAUCAGUUAAAUGAAAUGUAUCACUUGGAAAUAUUUGGAAUUUAUAGAAUUGUUCAGAUCAUUUUAUCUUUAUUUUCUCUGCAGCACAAGAUGUCCCUGUCCAGGUGUCCGGCCUUGUAGAUCAGUCUGUCCGUCUGUCCCAGGAUUUAUAUCUGACGCAUCCUGUAGAAGAUAUUGUGUGGACAUUUCAAACCAAUGGAAAACCAUUGAGAAUUCUGUUUUUCAGUAAUUAUAAUUCUAAGAUCUACGAGAGUCAGUUUACCAACCGCCUUGAACCAUCUAACAACACAACAGAAUUACUAAUCCGAGACCUGAGAAGAGAGGACAGCGGGAUAUUCGCAGCGACGAUAAUUCUUACAAACAGAGUAAAACAUCAGUUAUCAUUUAAUCUCACUGUAUAUGGUGCGUAUUCACAAUGAGGGCCAUUUAUUUAGGAAACUCAGAACUUUAGGGUGAAUACUGACCUGUUAGAUCCAGUCAUUAAAUAUCAAUAAUCUGUAUUAAUAAAUGGAUGUAAGAACAUACUGUAAGUUUAGAUCUCAGUGUGUAGCAUUAAACGUUAGGAUUUCCUCUCACCCUGACCAUCCUCUGCUUUCUCUGAGAACUGCUGUGUUGAUACAGGUAUCUUCUGAAGACUUUUUUACCCUUGGGUUGGAUGAUUCCUCAUUUGUUUGGAUUUUUCUGUUAAUAAAUGUAUAUUUUUUAGAAUUUAUUGAUUAAAGAAACACCCCAAGCACCAUAACCACUACAAUUUGCUGCAGUGUUUAUGAUGCCAGGAGUUCCUUGCCCAUUUUAAGUUGUCAAACCGCUUCUAUCCUGGGCUCUGCUCCCCGCCUCCACUACUAACACUAGAAGCUGGAUGUUAUUAAGCAGGGACCUCUGUUAGCUCUCCUGUGAUAGGACCUGCAGUAGAGGGUAAGCUCUUUUUUCCUGGGCUCUACUCCCUGCCUCCACUAUUAAUACUAGAUGCUGGAUGUUACUAAGCAGGGACCUCUGUUAGCUCUCCUGUGAUAGGACCUGCAAUAGAGGGAUAGCUCUUUUUUCCUGGGCUCUGCUCCCUGCCUCCACUACUAACACUAAAGGCUGGAUGUUACUAAGCAGGGACCUCUGUUAGCUCUCCUGUGAUAGGACCUGCAGUAGAGGGUUAGCUCUUCUUUCAUGCAAAUUAUUUUCAUGAAAUUACAUUUUCGGAGGUGAUCCGUCACAUGGACCACUAUUGGACUACCCAAACUAUAGUUUAUUUUUUGUACAAACUGAUUUUGCUGAACUGAAUUUUUCAGUUUUCUUUAUUAAUGUACACAUUCAUACGCUGCAUUCUCCACCACAGUCUGCAUUCAUACUCUGCACUCAGCUUUUACACUCUUCAAUAAAGGAACACUCCGAACACCACAACAACUUCAUCUCAAGGAUAUUUUUAUAGUGCCUGAAGAUCCUGGGUGCUCUCUUACCAUAAGGGGUUAAACAUCUGUCCAUUUGGCCAAUCAUCUUCCUCCUCUUUCCCUGGACUCAUGGGAAUGCUCGGACAGUGUGCGGACACUCUCAGCCUAUCACUGGCUUCCAAUUGAGGAAAAAUACAUGAGACAGAUAAGCAGUUUCUUCCACAUCUUUCUCAAUAAUAGGCCAGUGAUAAGCUAAGACCAUCAGCUAAUGCUCUCAGUCAAUCACUGGGACAGAGUCUGAGCCUUCCGAUUUAUGGGCAGAGGAUGAAAUACAGGGACUUGGAGAAGAGUUGCUGUCUGCACUUAUUUAGGUAUAAACUGUUCAUAAAUGGUUUAAUCCCUUAAGAUGUAUUCAGGGACCUCCAGGCUCCGUAACAACAUUCCUUUAAUGCUCUAUAUUAGUGUUUCUCAAACCAGUCCUCGUGGACCACCAACAAUCCAGGAUUUAUGUAUUUUCCUGUUUUAUUCCAAUGGAGAUUCUGACAAAACUUGGACUGUUGGUGGGUCUUGAGGACUGGUUUGGGAAACGCUGCUCUAUACAUAUCACACAGUACAACUAUCCAUAUGUAUAUAUUAAAUUAAAGUUUUUAUAAACUGAACUGUUUGUUUAUUAUUACAGACCCUGUUCCUGCCCUGGAGAUAAAGACAGAACCGGAGAUAAACUCAACCGACUGGUGUAAUUUUACUCUCCAUUGCUCCAUUCCUACAAUCACCUCCACACUGUCCGUCAGCUGGCAGUGCAGACACACAGACACUGAGUACUGUCCCUUUAAUCACACAGUGUAUAAUAAUGGGCGCACAGUCCGGAUCUCUCUGCAGCCGCAGUCACGUAACUCACAAUUGCUGUGUUUGGUACAAAACCCUGCGGACAAGAAAAAUGUGUCUGUUUAUACUCAGGAUAUCUGUCCUGAUUUUGGAAACAGAAAAAAAGGGUCUGAAAAAAGUGAGUGA